UUCUUCAUUAUUAUGUUCAUUUUUAGUUCAACUUUAUAUACAGAAGACCAACUCUAUGCUAAGAACAGAUUUCAAGAGUUUGCACCCACCCCUACACACAACAUCUAAAGUACAGUUUGAGAAAGAGAGCAAAGCAGUCUCUAGGUUUCCUUUUCCAGGGAAAAGUUUCAGUUUCCUUUUCCAGGGAAAAGUUUCAGUUUCAUUUUCCACUUUCGGUUUCCAGCUUUCAAAUGCAGGGAUACACCCUCAACUGACAACAUUUCCUGCUGUUACCUCCCUUAUAUAUUCCGAGGUAUCUGAAAAUCUACAAGGCAGACUGGCCAGAUCACCAAGGACCCCAUCCAGCUAAAGGAAACCCUACAGAACUUCGGACUCCUCACAGCCACCAUGAGUGAGCGUGCUGAGGAGCAUCCGCUGAAGGACAGGCUGCAGAAGCUGAGAUGUCACUUCACAUGGGGGCUGCUCAUCGAAGACACUGGGUUGCCUGACCUAGAAGACAGAAUCCUGGAAGAGAUUCAAUUUCUAGACACUGAACACAAGGUAGGAAUAUACAACCUGCUGGCCUAUGUGAAACACCUGCAAGGCAAGCAUGAGGAUGCCCUGGAGAACCUGAAAGAAGCAGAAGAGGUGGUUCAGGGAGACCAGGCUGACCACUCAGAUGUGAGGAGUCUGGUGACCUGGGGCAACUACGCCUGGGUGUACUACCACAUGGGCAGGCUGGCAGAUGCACAGACGUACCUGGACAAGGUGGAGAAUACGUGCCAGAAGUCUGCAAACCCCUCCCUCUAUAGAAUGCAGUGUCCUGAGAUGGACUGUGAGGAAGGCUGGGCUUUGCUGAAGUGUGGAGGAAAGAACUAUGAGCGGGCCAAGGCCUGCUUUGAGAAGGCUCUGGAAGCAGACCCUGAGAACCCCGAAUUCAACACAGGGUAUGCAAUCACUGUCUAUCGCCUGGAUUACCCUGCCAAAAGACCAUGCGAUGUCAGUGAUGCGUUUUCUCUGCAGCCCCUAAGGAAGGCCGUCAGGCUCAAUCCACAAGAUGCAUACCUUAAAGCUCUGCUUGCUCUGAAGCUGCAGGAUGUAGGACAGAAGGCCGAAGGAAGAGAGUGCUUGGAGGAAGCUCUUGCUCACACAUCCUCCCAGACCUAUGUCUUUCGAUACGCAGCCAUGUUUUUCCGCAGACAAGGCCGUGUGGAUGAAGCUCUGAAGUACCUAAAAAUGGCCUUGAAGGCAACACCCAGCUCUGCCAUUCUUCACCACCAGAUAGGCCUCUGCUACAGGGAACAAAUGAUCCAAAUAAAGAAAACUACCCACUUGCAGCCUACAGAGCAGGACAGAGACAAUGUGGACAGACUGGUUCAAUUAGUCAUAUUUCACUUUGAAUAUGCUGUCAAACAAAAGCCCACGUUUGAGUUUGCUUAUAUACACCUGGCACACAUGUAUAUAACCGCAGGCGAUCUUGAAAAAGCUGAAGAUACUUUCCAAAAAGUGCUGUGCAUGACACCAGCCCGGGAACACAUACUGCAAGAUAUACACUUCCACUACGGUCAAUUUCAACAAUUUCAAAAGAAAUCCGAAGUUGAUGCCAUUACCCAUUAUUUAAAGGCAAUAAAAAUAGGAAAGGACUCAUAUGCCAGGGAUAAAAGUAUCAAUGCCUCGAAACAAUUGGCUUCAAAGAAACUAAAGACAAAUGCAUUUGACCUGGAAGGCUGGAGUCUCCAGGGGUUGGUCCACAGGUUGAAAGGAGAAUUGAAAGAAGCCCUGGAGUGCUAUGAGCAGGCCCUGAGACUAGCUGCUGACUGUGAUAACAAGGUGGCAUGUGGCCCCUAGGUACUCUAAUAUUGACCACUUUUAUACUGUGUUUGAUUUAGGUUAACAUGUAGUAAUUACCUCUCCUGCUUGAUGGCUUCAGAAACAUAUUACAUAAUUGAUAAUGAUGCAAUUUUUAAAAAAAUUACUCAAAACUGAUACAACUAGUUGCAUUCAAAAUAUAGUAAAUCAUUUGGCCUAGUGCUUUGAUUGCCAGGAUACCCACACCCCACCUUGAAGCACCUGGUUUCAUCCUCAGUUCCAGCUUCUGAUUCCAGUUUCAUGCUAAUAUGGACCCUGGGAGGCAACAACGAUGGCUCAAGCAGUUGGGUUCCUGUCAGCAAUGGGAGACCUGGAUUGCUCUCCUUACUCCUACCUUUGCCUGUCACAACCAUAUGGGCACUUGCAGAAUAAACCAGCUAUGGGAACACCCUCUCUCUCUCCCUGACAAAUGAAAAUAAUAGAAAAUAGUGAAACAUAAAGUGUGUAUGUGUGUGUAGAAGAAAACUAUUUGCAUAAAUUUUGUUUAGUAGAAUUAACAGUUUGCCAAGUAGCUUUGUAACAAAUAAAAUACUCAGCUUAUGUAUACUAAAAUGUUUACUUCAUUUAUCAGCAAAUGUUUACAGUGAUAGACACCAAAAAUACUAUGGUGAACAGGUAGAUGUUUUCCAAAAACUUAAUGCAGUUUACAACCUAGUGACACAGGCAGUAAAAUAAGUACACAGUCAAGUAAAGGUCAGCCUUCACAAUGAACAUGUUUUAUGUUUAAUUCAUUGUUAAAAAUUCAUAGAAAAUAAACUUCUUGGGAAAGCUUACUUGAAGCUCUAUUUAAGUCAUUUUCUAAUACUGAUCUUGUUACGUCAAGAAAUAUGAAAAGGAUGCUAAAUUAUAUGACAGCAGAGAUCACCAAUGCAAAGUAAUGAUUAUAUAACAAGUUCUAUAAUACAGAGAACAUGUUGUGUGAGACAGGCAUGACAGUCUUCAGAGAUCAUAGAAUGCUUCACUGUUUACCCAACAGCAGCUCUCCAUCCCAUCUCUCAAGAGACCUCCUCUCUUCUCACGGUCAAGAAUAUUCAAGUGUGGCAUAGCCUGAAUGUUGGCAAAGGCAAAUAGGAAAAGAUACAGGAAUAUAGAUGCUGUUUUGUAUUGAAAAUACUCAUAGCAUUGCCAUACUUACACACAAACACCUCUAGGCAUUACCAUGAAGUCUCUUGAAACUGGCAUCUCAAUUUCAGCAACGUGUUACUCCCAUGUAAAUGAAUGACUGACAUAACCUCAGCUGAUCCCUUUACUUACAUUUACACCUCGAUCAGGCCAAGCUCCAGCUCCUCUCAUUGACUACUGCUCAGGGGUCCCAGCUCAGUCCUUUGCUUGUUGCUGUGUACACACCACUGCAGGCUCCAGCCCCUUGCAGGCCAAUCUGACCACCCAUAUCUGCAUUUUCAUGAUGCUGCUGGAAAAGAAACUUCAUGGGGACUCAGCACUUCUCCCCUAUAGCCUACUUCCACUCCAGUUACCCACCCCAGCGAGACCAAAUGUCAUACAGCCACCUCUACUCUGAAGUCCCACGUUGAAAGGAGUAAGCCUUCUGGUAUUCCUUUUUUUUUUUUUAACUAGAAACAAUUAUUUUUAUUUAAAAUAUAUUAAAAAGUUGGAUAAAGCAGCUGUCUAAAUCAAACAAAAUUAUAUUGCUGCAAGUUUUUCCUAUUUUCUUCAUUAAAAUUAGUAUAUUUCUUAUAUAAAGACUCCACCCUUUCACCCAGGCCUCUUCUUUCUGAAUCUGAGUAAUAUUUUCAACUUCUUCAAUCUGCAUUCAUUUUUCUUCUGACACUUGAAGUCUGCCUCAUGUCUCAUGCAGGCUAUAUCAUGCACGUAAAUCUUUAAACUAGGAAUGUAAAUGAAGGUAUUAUUUACAGCAGUGAUCUAAUGGAAGGAGGAGAAUGCAGUAAGAGAAUGAGGGAAGAUUUUGCCUCCCAGAGGGUUGACAAUGCCAGUGGACUUAUUCUGAUGACUGGACUUCGGGGAUAUUACUGAGGGUUUAUGAAAGGAUCUUGCUUAAGUAUCCUGCAAUGCCUUGGACAGCUUCCCACAACAAAAGAAUUACUCAGUCCAAACGUCCAUAGUGCCACGGUUGAGAAACUUUGACUUACAUCCAUUUCUUAGAACAGUUAUCAACAGUCAAGGUUUAUUCCAAAAUACUACUAUUGUUUGUUAGUUUCCCAAUCAAAUUUUAGAUCAUAUGUCACUUUCUGUUCCCAUUUUCUCCAAUUGCUGUGUUUUUAAAUUUUAACAUAAAUGCAAAAGAUAAUCAACUAUUCAGUCUGUUAAAAAGACUGAGAUUCCAGUCCCAUCUAAUAAUUUCAGCAUGUUCAAUACCCACUCAACAGCCAAGUCUUGUUUCUUCUCAAUCCUGAAAUGUAUAUCCCAUUAAUAUUCUUACACAUGACUUUUGAUUUAUGAAUUCAAAUUCCUAAACAAUUUAAGAAGGUAAACAGAUAUUUCUCCCCUUGAUUUUUACCACUGGUGGCUUAGUUUCUAUUCAUGAAAACCUUAGUAAAUGAAGACCAUCUCUUAGCCCACAUGCAACCGAGGGAAGAGGAAGAAAUAGGAAUACAGAACGAAAAAGGAUCAGUGCACAGGAACAUUUUUGAAACACUGGAGCUGUAUUAAAUUCUUCCACAUCCUUGCAUUUAUUUUUCUAGGCAAAAUAAAUCAGUAUCUUUGCCACAAUGUGAUCUCCGAUAAACCGUGCAGCAGCGUCCCAAGACCACCACACAUUGCCUCUCUGGCCGAAUUUUUUUGUGUCUUUUGCCCGUUUUUUCCACUGCCACACCACCCUCCGGGAUUGCCAAUUCUUGCAAGGCCUCAGCAUUUCCUGUUUUCUAGGCUCAGAACACUCUUCCCAGCCCCAAGUCCAGUGCUCACUUCUUCACAGCCCUCAGCUCUUUGCUCGGGAGAAGCCUUCCCCCCACCCCGCACCCUAAUUACAGUAGUCAAACACCGUGAACCCCAACUCUGUAUUGAAGGUCCCUUGAACAAAGUGUGGCUCUUAGCAGGUUUUCAGUAACAUUUGUUGAAUCAAUGAAUGAAUUUGGAGGCCAAAAAUUUUUUUUAUAACAUACAGGUUUGACAUUUUCUGUUCAUUAUCAUCCCAAUCUUGACUGGGGCCUCAUCAUACACAGGUUGACAAGGGUGUGGGGACAAAAGUACUCUCAUACAGUUAUGGGUGGGACUGCAUACACUUCCUUGCAAAGCUAUUCAGCAACAUCAAAACUUAAAACGUACAUACCUUUUCACCCCUAUAUUUCCCUAAUUUACAGAAAAGUUAACCGAGUGGCAUGUGGACUCAGUGCAGUGGUCCGGAGUCAAAGUCAACUCCGAGGAGCCCUGCUCCAACCAAACGCCUCCCUCCUCCCCCCCUCCCCCUCCCCUGCCUUCUCUAGGUUUCGUUUUCCGAGAGGGGCAGGGAUGCAAUCAGAUUCGCUUUCUAGUUUCCUUUUCCUGCUCGGGUCCUCCCUCAACAAAGAGUGGCAGCUCCCGCACAUCCACCUCUGCAAAUGCCUUGGCGGGGAGCGCGCACAUGCGCACUCGCCUCCCGCAGCCGGGUCUGGAGGACGCGUCAGUGGAUACCGACUCCCGGUGGCAGUCGCCAUGAGAUGCAACAGCCCUUCUCUACCAGCUGCCCAGACGAGUUAAAUUCGGUAGACGAAGCUGAAACAGUGAAACUCCUCACCGCAUCCAAUUGUGCUUGAACUGCACAGUCUGGGCAGAGUGCUCCUCUGCCAUCUCACAGCCACGUUCACAAAGCCUGAGCAGCCCUCCUCAGCCUCCUGCUGCCAAACUGCUAGAGAUCUUCAGAACACAGGCCACAGUUCAUUUACUCUUUAACCGACAGGGAACCCACAAGACCUUACUUUCAUGGAUCUGAGUAGGAUACAGGGCGUAACACUUGCCCAUGCGGUUACACUGGAGAAACAAACUGUUACCAAGAGAUUUAGGAACAUAGCAGUGCUUCUCACCCUAUCCUCUCUCUGGCCCAUGUUUUGAUGCCUGCUUUUCAUAUUGGGAUCUUAACUUCAAUCGCAGCUUUCCACAAGAGCUAUUCCAUGUCAA